UAGCAUAAAAAAAAAAAGUAUGGAAGAGAUCUUUGCCAAAUUUGUGUCCCAGAAGAUCAGCAAAACUCGCUGGCGACCCGUGCCCUUCGGGAGUUUGCAGCCCCCCGAGACCUUCGCCACUGGCUCUUGGGACAAUGAGGAAAACAGUGCUUCACUCUGGUGUAUUGGAGAUUUUUGUAAUUUAAGCACUGAUGGAGGACUUGAAGGAGACCAUCAGUUAUUGUGUGACAUCAAACAUCAUGGUGAUGUAAUAGACUUGCAGUUUUUGGACCAGGAAAGAAUUGUAGCUGCUUCAUCAACAGGAUGUGUAACAGUUUUCCUUCACCAUCCAAAUAAUCAGACUCUUUCAGUCAGCCAGGAAUGGAUAGGAGCCCACUACCACAUUGGCCCAUGCAGUCCUUCCUACAGGAGCGCACCAUGUACUGGUAUUGUAUGCAACAGUCCAGAGAUUGUUACUGUUGGAGAAGACGGCAGAAUCAAUCUCUUCAGAGUUGGUUACAAGGAAGCUGUACGGACUAUAGAUAAUGCAGACAGCAGUACACUCCAUGCAGUGGCCUUCCUUCAAACUCCUGAGAUUCUCACAGUAAAUUCAAUUGGACAGUUAAAGAUAUGGGAUUUCAGACAGCAAGGAAAUGAACCCUCUCAGAUACUGUCACUAACUGGAGACAGAGUUCCACUCCACUGUGUUGAUAGACAUCCCAACCAGCAACAUGUUGUAGCUACUGGAGGUCAGGAUGGAAUGUUGAGUAUUUGGGAUGUUAGGCAAGGUAGCAUGCCAGUUUCUCUGCUGAAAGCUCAUGAAGCUGAAAUGUGGGAAGUUCACUUCCAUACAUCCAACCCAGAUCACCUCUUUACUUGCUCUGAAGAUGGAUCCCUUUGGCAAUGGGAUGCCUCCACAGAUGUUCCUGAAAAAUCAUCACUUUUUCACCAAGGUGGAAGAAAUAGCACAUUAUUAGCUCAUCCUUCAAGUAACCAGCUUAAUGUUAACCAUUCCCUUAUAAGUUCCUGGCUCAGCACUGAUCCUGCAAAAGAUCGUAUUGAGAUCACUAGCUUAUUGCCAAAUAGGACACUAUCUGUCAACAGUUUGGAUGUUUUAGGAUCUUGUCUUCUUUGUGGAACUGAUGCAGAAGCUAUUUAUGUUACUAGACAACUUUUCUCAUGAAUAUUAAGUCUCAGUUCAGAGUU